AUGACAACACCCUCAAUAAAUAUAAGUAAUAAUAAUAUUAAUAAUAAUAAUAAUAAUAAUAACAAUAAUCAACAAAACUAUAUUCAUAAUCACUUUUUUAAUGGUAUUGAAGAUGAAAAUAAUAUUUUAUUCCCAUCAAACCCACACCAUCAAUAUACAAUAAGCACAAGUCCGGGCACUAGUUCAUUUUUUCCUAUAACUUAUACAACAAAUAGCAACAACAAUAAUAAUAAUAAUAAUAAUAAUAGUAAUAAUAGUAGCAGUAGUAGUUUUUUAACAACAUCAAAUUUAAAUAUAAAUAUACCAAAUAAAAGUAAUAUAGAGAAUAAUAGUUUAAACAAUAGUAAUACUAGUAUAGUUGGUAAUGGUCAAAGUGGAUCUCCUAAUAGUAACAGCGGUACAGGAUAUUUUAGCAGUAGGGCAAAUAAUAAUAUUGAUUUUAAAAACUAUAUCAGUCAAAAAAUUCAAACAAUACAAAAUUCAAGCGGUAAUACUAACUCAAAUCAUCAAGGAUCAGUUUUAUAUAAAGCACCAAUAUUUAGAAAUGGAUUUGGUUCAUUUUUGAAAAGUUCUUUUUUUAGUGACGUGGUUUUAAUUGCAGAUGGUAAAAAAUAUUAUUUACAUAAAGUUAUUUUGGCCCAUUCAUCAAAGUUCUUUGCAGAUCAAUUUGAUCAACAAGAACUAAUAGAUACAAACAAUAAUCCCAAGGUUUUAUUAGCUAGUACAACAUCAUCAACAUCAACAUUAUCAUCCUCAUCUUCAUCAUCAACAUCAACAUCAACAUCAACCUCAACAGAUUAUUUUUCAUAUUUAGGCAAUAGUACAUAUGAAUUAAAAGGGCUUUUUUUAGAAUUCUUUGAACUAGUUGUAUUAUAUAUGUAUGAAGGGAAAAUCAAUUUAACAUCAAAGAACGCACUACCUAUUCUAUGGCUAUCUAAUACUUUUUCAAUAAAGGGUUUAAAAAAAGUAUCAACUUUCUUUUUAACAAGUUCAAUCACCAAAGAAAAUGCAUUACUAAUGUUAAACAAGGCCAUAAAUAUAGAAUCUGAAGAUUUAAUUUCAAAAUGCAUAACAGUUAUAUGUAAACAUUUUAAUCAAAUAAUUUUACCAAAUUCAUUUUAUAAACUAUAUAAUAAUAGUAGUAAUAAUCUCAAUUUAAAUAAUAGAGCAAUAAAAAACAAUAAUACUGAUCAUAGUAGAAAUAAUAAUAAUGACAAUAAUAUUAAUAAUAAUAUCAAUAAUAAUAAUAAUGGUGAUGAUCAACAGAUAAUAACAAAUGUAUAUUCUUCCUUAAAUUCAUCAACAUUAAUAACUGAUAAACAAUUAAAUUAUCAAAUUUUAAAAGAUAAUGAAAAAUCAUUAGACCCAACAACUAUCAAUACAAUACCAGAGUUAUUAUCGUUACCACUACAAAUUAUGAUAAGAUUAAUGAAACAAAAUAAUUUAUCAGUUUCAAACGAAUCAAUUGUAUAUAAAACAGUAUUAAAAUAUAUUCAGUUUAAUAAAACAAUUUUAUCAGAUAAAGAUACCAACUCAUUGUUUGAAGUCGUAAGGUUUCCUUUAUUUUCCUAUAAUCAAUUAGAGGAACUACGUGAUAAUGCCAUGGUGCCAAGCUACCUAAUUACCGAAGCACUACUUCAAAGAUUGAAAUAUCAUGAAGGUCCAAAAGACAGGGAGAAAGAAAAAGAAAAGGAAAAGGAAAAAGAAAAAGAUAAGGAAAAAGAUAAAGACAAAGAUAAAGAUAAAGAAAAAGAUAAAGAUAAAGAACAUGUUAGUAGUAGUAGCAGUCUAAAUUUGGCAACAACAAUAUCAACACAACCAAUAUUUCUGGUAUCUUUACCAUUUCCAAUUUCAACACCAAAUAAUAAUAACAAUAAUCAAUCAUCAUUUUACCCAUCACCCUCAUCACUAUCAACUAUGGAUUUAGAGGCAAUGAUGAUGGAUUCGCAAUCUGUUGGUAUGUCAUCUUUAUCAUCGACCUCAAUUACUCCAAUUAAAGAAACUAAAGAAAGUUUAGCGCAAAUGAGAAAAACCCCAAGAACAGCCUAUGCAACAUCAUUAGAAUAUAGUCACGACUUUGACACAUGUGGUGUAUUUUAUUAUAUAGGUACUAAUGGCGGUAAAGAAGAAUGGUCAAAUCCAGCAUCAAGAGGUCGUGUGCGUGUUGCUUGCUCAUCACAAGAAAAAGGUAGUGUAAUUGAUUGUUUUAAUAGAACCUCCUCUGAAUUUUGGACAAUGGACGUACCAGCAUCAUGGAUAUCAAUUAAUUUAGGAUCCAGUAGAACAAUGGUACCCACUUGGUAUACAUUACGUCAUGGCGGUAAUAGUAAAGCAGAUUGCUUAAGAAAUUGGACAUUACAGGGGUCAAUGGAUAGCAAAAACUGGACAGUUUUAGUUAGACAUAGCAACGAUGCAUCUCUAAAUGGUAAUUUUAGUACUUGCUCAUGGCCAAUACUAAACUGUACUCAAGCAUAUAGACACUUUAGAAUUUUACAAACUGGUAGAAACUCAUCAAAUCAUAAUUUCUUAUCAAUUUCAGGUAUCGAAUUUUAUGGUGACCUUUAUGAAACCAGACCUCCAAAUUAA